GUGAAGAGGGAACUCAAAGAGACUACUGCAGCUACAGCUACACAGACAGCACCACUAUAUUGUCUAUUUCACCGUCCAGCUCGUGCAACACUUCAAUCACAAGGAUGCUUUGCUUGUACCUUGUUGUCCUGCUGUCCCUGAGCGGAGCCGGUCUGGCCAGCCUGCAAGAUAAACAGACAGACUUUGGGCUGAAGGUUUUCGCCCAGCUGGUCCAAGGUCCUGCGGAGCAGAACGUGGCCUUCUCUCCCUACGGCGUGGCCUCCGUCAUGGCCAUGGCUCAGCUCGGCGCUGGGGGAAACACCCGCAAGGCCUUGACUGCCGCCAUGGGCUUUUCUCUGCAAGAGCGAGGGAUGUCUCGACAGCAGCGCCUCCUGCAGCGUGACGUUGCCAGCGAGGAGGGCGUGGAGGUGGCCACCGGGGUGAUGGCGGAGAGGAAGAUGAGCCUGGAGAAGGGAUACCGCCGCGCCCUGGCCAAGGCCUUCCAGAGCCACCCCCACCAGGUGGACUUCACCAAGCCAGACCAGGCCCUCAGCGUCAUCAACGCCUGGGUGUCAGACCACACAGCAGGUGCCAUCCCUCAGUUCUUGGCGUCUGGAUCUUUGACUGACGAGACCAAGCUGAUCCUCCUGAACGCCCUCCACUUUCAGGGCCUGUGGAAGGUUCCCUUUGACCCCAAACUAACACAAGAGAGGAUGUUCCACUGCGCCAACGGCAGCACUGUGCCCGUGCCCAUGAUGAGGCUCACCAAUCGCUUCAACUAUGGUGAGUUUGUAUCUGCUGACGGCUUGGACUACGAUGUCAUCGAGGUCCCGUAUGAGGGUGACUCGCUGAGCAUGCUGCUGGUGUCGCCCUUUGAGCCCGAGGUGCCAGUGAGCACGCUCAGUAAGGAGCUGAGCAGCCAGAAGAUCCAGCAAUGGAGGAUGAACAUGAGGAACGUCAAGAAACAGCUGGCUAUGCCCAGGUUCGUCCUGGAUUCUGAGCUGAAUUUGAAGGCGGCCCUCACUGACAUGGGUCUGGGAACCAUGUUCAACCUGGCUACUGCCGACUUCACACGCAUCACCACCGAUGAAAGGCUGUGUGUGUCCAAGGUUCUGCAGAGAGUCAAGAUUGAGGUGAAUGAGGAAGGAACCAAGGGCGCAGCGGCAACAGCUGCUGUGAUGUUUUCUCGUAUGGCAGUGGAGGAGAUCACUCUGGACCGGCCCUUCCUCUUCCUCAUCCAGCACAAAGCCACAGGUGCUGUUCUGUUCAUGGGUCAGGUCAACUCACCUCAGCAUCACUAGCAAAGUGAAGACCUGCUAUCAUUCCACUGUUUAACUACUGCUACUGAGACUUCAAUGUGCCACAACAGAUGACGACUACAAGGUCAACAAAAUGACCAUCACCAUGAACAGCUUCCCAGAUGAACUGACUGAAAGACUUGUUGAGAAUGUACUAAGACUGUUUUAAUGACAGGACUAAUUGACAGAUUUGACAUGACUUGAGAAAUAUGGAUGACGCAAGUGACUGAUUGAAAAGAAAUACCUGGAUGGAAUAUAUUUGCAAUAUAGUAAUGUAUGUCUUAUGAUAGGUGUGAUUGACAAACUGAACAAAAAAAAAAAAAAAAAGAAAGAAAGAAAUGAAGGAAAAUUAAGUGAUUAAGCAUUGUCUGACAUAGUUGACACUGAUGCA